UUUGAACAAAUAUACGAGAUGUAUGAAAGAGCAGACGACAGGGUACCUUAUUUAAUGUCGAGAUCAUCCUGCAAAGGCUCAUGGCCAUGAAGAAGCAAGUCUGACAAUACAGAAGUUUCUAGCGAUUCAGAAUGAAGCUAUCUCAGAUCCUCAGCACUGCUGCAUUAUGCAGCUUUGCGCUUGCAAGCCCACUGCCAGGUAAUGCGAUUGCUGAGCGAGAGGCCAACCCUGUUACUCCUCCUGGCUAUGGUGCGAAGUACAUCUUGGAGGAUGACCUUGAUAAGCGUGAGCCGCAGAGGAACGCGUAUGGAAAGGCCUACACCCUGAAAAUGAAGGAUGAUGGCUUUGAGAAGCGAGACCCCCAGAAUACUUAUGGCAAGGCCUAUACCCUGAAGAUGAAGGACGAUGGUUUCGAGAAGCGUGAGCCUCAGAGGAACACGUAUGGAAAGGCCUAUACUCUGAAGAUGAAAGAUGAUGGCUUUGAGAAGCGAGACCCUCAGAAUACAUAUGGCAAGGCUUACACUUUGAAGAUGGAGGAUGACGGCUUUGAGAAGCGUGAGGCUGAAAGUGGGGCUUGAAUGUUUAUCCAUAUUAUAAAUAUCUAGGCCAUAGACACAUGCAAUGUUGGUUUCAUGUAUCCAGUAAGAAACCCAAAUGAGUAACCUUCAUUGGCACCAAUCAACCAUAUCACAAUGGUGCCUCAAACCUUGCCAAUCGAUGAGCAGGUUGCCUAGACAAGUAAGCCUUGGUCUCAUAAGUGCGAGUGAUUGUGUGGACAAUGUCAG